AGGAAGCUGCUCCCGAGAGGAGAGUAGAGCAGUCAGGCUUAGUCAGCGGUUCGAGAUUGGGUCUCUUGAAAAGGAUUUACUAUAUUUUGUUUCUUUACUGUACAAGGAUGGCCCUUUCUUCAGGGAGCGAAGAUUUAUUUGACUGUAUUCUCAUGGCGGACGACAAGUUCCACGUGGAGGGCUACCAUGAGGGGUUUGACGAGGGCACGCGACAAGGGAUAAUGGAGGGUCGACUGCACGGGGCGACGCACGGCGCCAAGCUUUCAACAGAGGUCUCCUUCUACCAUGGCUUCGCAGUCACCUGGAAGAGUAUUCUUCAGAACAGCACAGAUCCCAAAGCCAGGAAGCGGCUGAAGGCUCUGGAGGUUUUGCUUUCGUUGCUCGAGAAGUUUCCCAGUGACAACCCUCAAUAUGAGAACCUACAGGAGGACAUGGAGAAGCUUCGUGCCAAGUUCAGACAGGUCUGUUCCCUACUGAAUGUACCCACAGACUUCCGUGAGUAUGUUCAUGGCUCUGGAGGAAUCACUUUCUGAGGAGGGCUGAUCCCUCCAACCAAGGGCAGGAAAGGCCAAGAUGGCCGACCUCUGUGUUAGUUAGCGGGUCAGAGUGCCCCCCUCAAAGGUGGACCAACCAGCCAGAUGUCACAUGCUGCUGUGCUGUGAUCUCUAAGAGAAGAGUUGGUGUGUUCUGGUUGGCUGUUGCCAUUGGAGAUGAGGAUGUUUGUGUUCUCAGAGUGAGGUGAUUUGAUAGUGGGGUGUUGCUGAUGAAGUGUUGAACUGGUGGGGCGUUUGUGGGAACAUUUGGAGUGUGGACCAAAAGACCAUAAAACGAUCAGGCUCCUGGUCAUCCAGGUUCUAGUGACGGACCAGAUUUAGGUAUAUAAUGCUGUAUGAUGGAGUUAAUAAAAUAUAUCUAAAACGUUAUGGGUAUGCUGUAAAGGGUUCUGUGUUUAUUUUAUUAUUCUGUUCAGACAGAGUGCAAAGAGACUGGAGAAACAAAGGAACUUACUCUUCAUCCAAAAGAGCCUCUGUUCAAAUAAAUACAGCAUAUACAAAUACAACUUCCCAGUGUUGAGUGGGUUGUCCAUUAGGUGCUGUCUGGCUGCGGAGGCUGCUGUACUUAAAGAGGGUUAGGUGUUGGGCAGGUUUGCUUGACUGGGUGGGUUUGCGAUCUACUGAGGAGGACUAAGAAGAACCCAAAGGGAAUCUGCACACUGAAAACAGAACAUUUUGGAGAACUUGUAUUACACAGAAGUGAAACUGCUGCAUUUUACUCACACAGGAAUUAAAGGCUUAUGUUAU